AAUGUUCAACCACCCAAAUUCAACACUGCCUAUAUAAGUCAGACAGAGUCCAAUCGUCCCCUGGUUUCACCUUGUUCUUCUCUCCUCUGUUUGGCUCCUCGCCAUUGGAACAGACCUUCAUCUAACCUGGCGAAAACCCUCCAUAUUCCAUAUUUCAAGUUUUAAUUUUUAUUAAUCGCCAGUCUCAUGAAGGCGUUGUUUCGUCAGAAUCCCCGUAUAAUCUGUUAGAGUUUCCCUCUUCCUUGUUAAAUCUUCACGAGGAAUUGAGAAAAAAAGGAAGAUAGCUUUUUUGAUGGAGAAUCAAGGCGAAGAAUUACCAAUGGUGGUAUAUCAACGCUCUAAUUUCAAAGGCGGGUGUUUAGAAAUCCGUUUGUUCUACGUACGCGUUGCGCCAUGUGCAGUCAACGCCGUACCGGACUACCUGACUCUCCGCCACCUCCGCCGUGAGAUGGGCGUGUCGUUAGCUAUCAAUGGCUCUCGAAUUCCUGCCUCGGAUGCCUCCUCGAUCACGCUCCGCCGCGACCGCGUGGAUAGGGAGUCGUCGGAGGUGACUUACGUGAGCACGGAUAGCGUAUUGGUCUCCGGCCCGGUUGAAUUUGAGGUGUUGGAGAAGGAAGAAGGAUUGAUUCUUUGCGGGUCGUUGGAGAGAGUGGAUUUGCCUUGGUCGAAUGGCAAUGUGCCGCAUAGCGAUUCGCGGACGGGCUGGAGCAUGGAUUGUUACACCGCCGCAUCCGGCGCGUCGGCAUUUUUUCAGCAAAAUCUCCGAUUUUGCUCCCCGUCGAUCGAGGUUUACGUCGCCGGAUGUUUUUCUGGUGUCCCGGUGAUCUUGACAAAGACAAUUCAGGUUAGCCCGAAAAAGAAGAAGAGCAGGCAGGCGUUGUUGGAUGCCAUUCCAGAAGAGGAGGAGGUGUGUAAGGUGCAGAAAAAGGUGAAUGAAUCAGUUAGACAACGAAAAACACAGACACAGAUCACAGAGGAGGCAGAUAUAGAACCUUACAAGUUUGAUGAGAAAACCGGGCAUGGCUUAUAUUCAGAAGAAACGAUUGCAGAUGAAGAUGGCCAACUGUCCUGGUUCAAUGCUGGUGUAAGAGUUGGUGUGGGGAUAGGCCUGGGAAUGUGCCUUGGUGUCGGCGUUGGUGUGGGACUGUUUAUGCAUUCAUAUCAAACAAUGACCAGGAAUCUCAGGAGGAGGUUCUUUUAGAUUCAAUGUUGUAAACGAAAGAGUAACCAACAUGCUGACUAUUUGGCAUUCUCUGUCAAGAGGCACCCGAAGGAACACCAUUUCUGUGUGACCCCCUGGACAGCUUAGUGGAGUUUCUAGAAAAUGAUAGAAGAGGUAAAAAACCUAUCUAGUAUCUCGAGGCUAGUCUAGGCGUCUGGUGCAUUCAUAUCCAGGUAGGAAAACAGAAAGACUUUAGCAAUCUUUUAAUGAACCUAUCGCAGUUGUAGCUGAGGCAACACAAAGCAAACUGUUCAAAUCUCACAAGUUCAUAUAACAAAUGCAUUUCGGCUGGGGGCUGGGAUACAUGAACAACUCUGAACCCCGUCUUGCUUUCAAUUAAGCUGCAGUAAGUAUUCCAUUCACAACUUGAUUAACCCUAACCCAGUAUAAUGAUAAUAUGGGGGUAUAUCUUCCUAUGUCAAUAUGCCAAGGAUGUUGGUGUGAAGUGUUCCAGUCUUUACAGAGGCGAUCAGCUGUAAGUAGUAUAAGAGUCUUUCAUAGAUAAUCAUUUGUAGCUGCCUUAAUAAGGUAUUCCUCUUAAAUAAAUAUGAAUAUUUGUAGAGCCCCAUCAUACUUUCAAAUGUUAGUGUACUGUCCAGACAUCAUAUUUUGCACAGUUCUGGUGAGCAUUCUAAUAAUUAUGUUGUACUACUGUGUUUUUUUAACUAGUGCAAAAACGGUAUCAUUUACUCCCUCUAUGGUAAUGUACUAAAACCUUGACUUGCCUACAAA